AUGUCCGUAACUUUCUCCACCGCUUACCUGCGGGUCCCGCGAGGACUCGGUACCGUCCUGGAGGGUUUGACCAGGGAAGUCCUGCGAGACCAGCCCGAAGACAUCCCUGAAUAUGCCGCACAGUAUUUCGACGCUCUUCUCCAACAGAGAGAGGAUAGUGGAUUGGACCCUGCUGAGUGGGAAGCUAAACUGAAAGACAUGUAUAACAACAAUGCAUUUCAGGCUACUUGGGCUAUUCCUGGAAAAGACAGCGGCUCCGCUUCGGACCGACAUUUGCAUCAGUCUGAGUUAGAGCCCACGGACUCAUCAUUCAGAGCAAUUGGAAAUGUAGAUGUGUGUGCUCAGGAGUUAGGAACGGCAGAGGGUGAAGGAGGCGAUCAACAAGAGACUGCGAGAUUAGAUGAGGAGCACGUAGACUCAGAAGGUGUGGUCGUGUCUGCUGCAGAGCUUGGAGCGACAGAAAGAACAAAUGAAGGAGCCACUGAUGAAGAUGAGGAUGAUAGCUCAAACCUCCAACCGGAGGAAACUGCUGCACAAUCAACUUGGUCUGAAUCUGAAACUCCUGAGUACAAUCAAGAUCAGGUAGAAAAAGCAAAAGAGGAGGAAGCAACGGAGACCGAGGCUUCCCCUGGAGGAAUAAAUGAAAGUUCUGCUCAUAUUAAGGGUGGCUUGGACGGCAAUGCUAUACCCACGAAGGAUUCCUUGGUUGAGAUCAGCUUUGAUGAUGUUCCAGAGGAUCAGCAGAUACAAAUGGUUGAUGAGAAACAGCCAGAGGAAGAGGGCUCAGGAGAGGUCUCACAGAGCAAGAUAUUAGAAAUGGAAGAACAGGAAAACUCUGAAGAGGUUACUGGUGUGGCAACAGACCAAGAUGAACUUGAAAGUACGGGAGAUGAAAAUGCAGUUCACUCCGAAGGGGAGGAAAGUCAGAAUGAAAUAGAUUAUUUAAAUUUAAAUGAUAGUGAUGAUGAUGAAGAGGAGGAGGAGGAGGAGCGCAAAGGUGUUAAAACCAGCUCAUCACAUCAACCCACCACCGAGGCAGACGAAGAGAAGCCAGAGGGUGAAGACGAAGAGAAACCGGAGGGUGAAGAUGAAGAGAAGCCAGAGGAUGAAGACGAAGAGAACCCAGAUUGUGAAGAUGAAGAGAACCCAGAGGGUGAAGACGAUCUGAAUGAAGAUAACGAGGAGAUAAGAGGAGGCACAUUUCACCAGAAGGAGGGUUCUGAAGACGAGUCAAAGUCAGACAACCCUGACUACAAAGAAGAUGAGGCGACGGACACGGUUGGAGGAGACGAUGGGGCAGAAGGUCAUAGCGAGGGGGGAGGUCAUUCGUCACGAGUCACCGGGUCAAAUGUAUCAACUUCUGCAACGGAGGGGGAAACUUUAGAGGCCCGACGUCUACGAGAGGAGACCGAGGAGGGUCAGAGAACAGCCGUCGAGUCACGGCCGGGGGCCGCGGCGGUAGAAACGGAGGUCGCCACGUCAAGGGCGAGAAGUUCAGAACCAGAGGACCUUGUGGAAGAAGGAAAGAUUGAUUCUGGAAUAGAAAAGAAGAGGGAUGCAAUGUGUGAAGAGGGCACCAUCAUCAUCCCCACUGGGAGCUCAGGUCAGCCGGCUGCAGGUCAACAGGAUUCCACGGAGACUGAAGGCCAGAAGGAGUGCAGCCGGCCCCAGGAGGAGGAGGACAUCAUGGACAUCCCCCUGGACGACCCCGAGGCCAACAGGGCCGCCGCCAAGAUCCAGGCGGGUUUCCGUGGUCACAUGACCCGCAAGAAGAUGAAGCCGGAGGACAAAGCGGAAGCGGAGGAGAGACCGGAGGAGGGACAGUAGAGGGAGGACACGCGUCUGGAUGAAGAGAGAGAGGCGGCGACGUAAAGGUAUUGAGGGGGACGGCUGGCGUUAGAUGGGCCGGGCCGGCUUUCACCUCGUCUACCCUCGUGAAGUCUUUUUCUUUCUUUCUUUUUCUUCGAAAACCACAUUAGCAGUGAAAGAUGAACAGAGAGUUUUUGAGGGUGCGUGAUGUGAAACUUGUGAACUUUAACACUCUCAUCAGUACGAAUGUCUUUGACCCAGAAUUUGCAACUCACUGCAUGUACUUGUGACAUUUGUCUGGUGGCGUGCUAGUUUUUAAUCUGUGAACGUGAAAAUGAAUGUCCUCUAAAUGCUAAACAGGGCUUCUUCUUCUUCUUCUUCUUCUUUUUUGAUGGAUCAGUUCAUAACCAUCUGUGUAUAAAACCGUGUACGCAUCAGCAUUAGACUGUUGCAUAUUUAACGGCUUAAAUUAUUUGUUAUUUUUUGCUUUGUUCACGGUGUGCAUGCAUCUUGACUAUUUGACUUGCUUACAAAAAAUUAUAAAAAUGAUCUUCUAUUUAUUCGUACGAGGUGUAAUUCAGAUUGCAUUAGCCUCGAUUUAUCUUUUUUCAAAAUUAGAAUUUUUCAAGCAUUUUUUCUAUAAAUCUGAUCUUGCAGAAACAGUAAGCAUGCCGUAAUUACACUUAAUUUACACGUCUCCAGAUGCAUUUAGUACAGCGUUACUUCAUGAGACAUUGCUUCAUACGCUCGGAUGUCGUGUUGGUGGGUUUUUGAAAUGUGUUAAAUCAGAUGUGUGAAAUAUUUAAAGUCUGCAGAUACGUUCUUUAAAUCUAAUUGAAUACAGCACCUCGCUGAACUUUAUCAUGUCCUCAUACAAAUAAAUAAAUCUUAAAUUUA